AUGGGUGCAUGUUUGUCGUCGGGUCCCGUGGACGUGAACGAUGAGGACAAGAGGAGACAUAGGGAGGCAGAGAAAAGUCUCAAAGAGGCCAAGGCGCGCUUGGCAAAGCAGGUCAAGGUCCUUCUCCUUGGGUCCGGCGAUUCCGGCAAGUCGACCAUCCUCAAACAAAUGCGCCUCAUCCACCACGUCCCCUUUUCACCUCAAGAGGUCGAAUCGUACCGUCAGCUCGUAUUCAACAACCUCACUCACGGGCUCAAGUACCUUUUUGAUGCCAUGGAGGACAUGGAGCUUUCUCUAACACCAGAGAACGAAGAAUUGGCCCAGAUGAUAAGCGAAGCGCCCGACAUCAAGGAUGGAGAGCCAUUUCCCUCGGAGUAUCUCGAGCCAUUGCGGAAACUGUGGGAAGACCCUAUCGUUCAGAAAGCAUGGGAGAGGGGAAACGAAGCUGCGUUACCAGACAACCUUGUCUAUUACUUUUCGGACCUGGAUCGAUUAUUCGACUCCGCAUACACCCCUCACGAACAAGAUAUCGUUCAAGCGCGUGCGCGUACGAUUGGAAUUACGGAGACGAUCUUCCAGUUAAAGGAUCAUGAGAUGCUUAUGGUGGAUGUCGGCGGUCAAAAGAGCGAGCGACGAAAAUGGAUACACUGCUUCCAAGACGUCACAAGCAUCCUCUUCUUGGUCAGUCUCAGUGGUUACGAUCAAUGUCUAGUCGAAGACAAGGAUGCGAAUCAAAUGCAGGACGCGAUGACAAUCUGGGAUUCCAUAUGCCAUUCGCAGUGGUUCAAACAAACGUCCAUCAUCUUGUUCUUAAACAAGAACGACCUAUUUGAGAAAAAGGUCGAGCACUCAGAUAUAAAAAAUUUCUUCCCGGAUUACGACGGCGAACCAGGCGACGCACGUACGGGUCGAGAAUAUUUCAAGAAACGAUUUGGUAGGUUAGCGCAGAAGGCAGUUCAGAAAGAAAGAGAUGUAUACAUUCACACCACCACCGCCACAGACACAAACAUGCUUCGAAUAGUAAUGGCUGCCGUUGAAGGCGAAGUGAGUGUUCAUCCCCCUUCUACCCCUCCCCCAAUACCUUUGUUCGGGUCCAAAGCACCAGAUGGUUAA